AAUUCAACUGUAUAUAGUCAACAAAACACAAGUAAGCAGAUAAGAUCCCACGUGAAGAAAUAAGUUUAAAUAAUGCCAUUGAAUUGAGAGUUACAAUGUUGGUACACUUUUCUAAAAUUUUCAUUUCAAUGUUGAUUAUUAGCACUAUUGAGGGAAUUUCAUUUAACAUCACCGGUUCUUCGUUUACCAAAAACAAAUAUAGUGACUCGCAUGUAAUCUUGGCCUUUGACAAAGUUGGUCCAUUGAUGUGCGUAAGUUACUGCAUGAUGUACAAGGGGUGCAAUGCUGUGAAUUUUAACAGAAUUCAUUUAGAAUGUGAAUUGCUGGCUGUUUCCUUUCCUGGAGACAACAUAAUUGAUAUGGAGGGCUUAUUCUAUACGGACAUGGGUGGCUGGAAGAAGGAUAAGGACCGAUGCACUCCAAACCCAUGUAAAGAUGGUCAAAAAUGCAUUUCCGCCAUAAACAAUAAGUAUAUCUGCCUACCAUUUGAUGCACCUUGCGACGUUAGCCCUUGUCUAAAUAAUGGCAUAUGCAGAAACAUUGUCAACGAUUACAGGUGUAUGUGUCCGAAUGGUUACUAUGGCGAUCAGUGUGAAAAUAAACCUUGCGACGUUACCACUUGUCGUAAUAAUGGUGAAUGCAGAAACAUGGUCAACGGUUACAUAUGUAUAUGUCCGGAAUGUUACUAUGGCGAUAACUGCGAACAGAAUUAUAGAAACCUUACAGGCUCUUCAGGUAUACUUAGUUCUCCGAACUACCCAAACAGUUAUACGAAUAACCUACAGUGCAAAUAUUUUAUUUUGGGACAAGCUGGACAGGAAAUAACCAUUACAUUUUCUAAAAUUAAUACAGAAACAAACUGUGAUUACAUUAAGGUCUUUGAAGGAUUAAGUAUUUCAGAUCCACUGUUAUUUGAAUAUUCUGGGUCCAGAAAUAGCAGUUUUACAGUCCAUUCAAAAAGCAAAACCAUGCUCGUGUUGUUUACAUCUGAUCACAGUGCUACCCGCAGCGGAUUCACUGCCACAUAUUUUUUGCAUUCAUGAAGUAACGUUUUGUCUGAAUAUUUUCAUUUCUUUUUUUGAAUUUGAUCCAAUUAUAUAAAAUCAAGUUUGUUAUAGA